AUGAAGUUUUUGAAAUCGGGUGCUUCGGCCACCGAAGCUGUCGAAGCUGCCUUACGCGUUCUCGAAGACAAGGAGAUCACCAACGCUGGUUACGGGUCCAACCUAUCAAUGGAUGGGACUGUUGAGUGCGAUGCAACAAUCGUCGACCAUCUUGGUAGAAGUGGUGCCUGCGGAGCCGUCCCCAACAUCAAAAACCCCGUCUGCCUCGCGAAGUUGAUCUUGGACAAAAGCAAUCAGCCUCUAUCCCUGCGACGAGUUCCACCGAAUAUUCUUGUUGGAGAGGGUGCCAGAAACUUUGCCACAGAGAACGGUAUGCAGGUGGUUCCAAACGACUACCUGAUCUCCAAAAACGCGCGUGACCGAUUUCUGCGAUGGCAAGAAGAUCUCAAACGGGCGGAAGAGAAGCUGAGGCAGGCUAGAGCACGCAAACCAACUGGGGAAGCCACUGAUAGCUGCCAGCAGUACGAGACCAUGCCGACACCAGUCCGAAUGUACCAGAACCAACAGAGGGACCAUGUCAAUGCUAUCCUUAGUGGUACAUGGAACGAAGGUCAGCCAGAUUCUCCACAACGGGGUUCUCCGGCGCUCGAGCAGAUGCAGGGGGAUCAUCAGGGAAACUCUUCGCCCGGAUCGGCGUACUCUCGGACGACAUCUCCUCGACAAACAACCGAACGUUCUCCUCUGGGAUUUGUCGGAGCUUCUGUGCCUCCCUCCAACAGAUCUCGGCCUCACAUACUUCAAGAAAAAGAGCUGUUGACAGGACCUUCUAGUCAGUUAGCGAAUGAGGGAAACCGCGAUGGCACGAUGUCCCCUCAAUGGACAGAUGGCCCCAAGUUCGCAAGCACAAUUGCACAGCUUCAGGGUUGCAGCCCUCGCGGUCUUAAGCGACCAUUUUCUGCAACAGAGCUGGAGCACGAGGAUGUCAUCACCGAUACCGUUGGAGCCAUAGCUAUCGAUGAGAAAGGAAACAUUGCAGCAGGUUCGUCUUCUGGCGGCAUUGGAAUGAAACAUCGGGGGCGUAUAGGUCCUGCUGCUCUGGUGGGUAUUGGCACAGCUGUUGUGCCCUGUGAUCCGGACGACCCAGACAAGACCAGCGUUGCGACGGUCACCAGUGGCACGGGAGAGCACAUGGCCACCACUAUGGCGUCUCAACGAUGUGCCGAACGGAUCUAUGGCAACACACGCCGAGGACCGAACGGCAGAGAUAUUGAGGAGUGGGACGAGGACGCUAUCAUGGAAUCUUUCAUCACGAAUGAUUUCAUGGGCCAUCCUGGCGUCAGAGACUGUAACUCUGUUGGGGCGAUUGGCGUGAUGACUGUCAAGAAGACGCGGACGGGGUACUAUCUAUACUUCGCCCACAAUACUGACUCCUUCGCGUUAGCCUCCAUGGGUGGUUCCGACAGAGAGCCUGUUUGCGUCAUGUCCCGCCUGGGCGAGACUACACAAGUUACCCGCGGCGCUCGAAGGAUACGGGUUGAUCUAGGAUCAUGA